ACGGUGCUGUCCGGAUGUCAAAAAGUUGCUUGUAAUCUUUGGAAUAAUUCUUCUCCGUGUAAAGGAAGAUUUUCUUUGUGUUUUUCGUGAAAUAGAGAGUAGAAAUUAACGUGAAUUGCAAUGCCUGAUCACCUGGGAGAUGAUAUGCGUAAGGUGAAAAGUGAAGAAGGCGAAGAGAAGGAAAUUAAAGCUCUCGAUGAGGCUGAUAUAGAACUCCUGAAGACUUAUGGACAAGGGCAGUAUCACAAAGCCAUUAAGCAAAUUGAGGAUGACAUCCAGAAGGCUAUUAAGCAGGUGAAUGAGUUAACUGGUAUCAAGGAGAGCGACACAGGGCUGGCCCCACCUGCCUUGUGGGACCUGGCGGCUGACAAGCAGACCCUGCAGAAUGAGCAACCGCUUCAGGUGGCUCGAUGCACCAAAAUCAUCAACGCGGACAGCGACGAUCCCAAGUACAUUAUAAAUGUUAAGCAAUUCGCCAAGUUUGUCGUAGACCUGGCGGAUUCUGUGGCACCCACGGACAUUGAGGAGGGUAUGCGGGUGGGAGUUGAUAGGAAUAAAUAUCAAAUCCACAUUCCCCUCCCGCCCAAGAUUGAUCCCACUGUGACAAUGAUGCAGGUGGAGGAUAAACCUGAUGUCACGUACAGCGAUGUUGGUGGGUGCAAGGAGCAGAUUGAGAAGCUUCGGGAAGUCGUAGAGACGCCACUCCUUCAUGUAAGGAAAUCUUUUCUUUUUGUUUUGUUUUCUUUGCCUCAUAAAAAUGUUUUUUUUUUGCAGCCGGAGAAGUUUGUGAAUCUGGGCAUUGAGCCUCCAAAGGGCGUGCUGCUGUUCGGGCCGCCAGGUACGGGGAAGACUCUGUGCGCUCGUGCCGUGGCCAAUCGCACAGAUGCCUGUUUUAUUCGCGUCAUUGGGUCGGAGCUUGUGCAGAAGUACGUGGGCGAAGGUGCCCGGAUGGUGCGGGAGCUCUUCGAGAUGGCACGCUCCAAGAAGGCCUGCCUCAUCUUCUUCGACGAGAUUGACGCCAUCGGUGGGGCACGUUUUGACGAUGGAGCCGGUGGAGACAAUGAAGUUCAGCGUACCAUGUUGGAGCUCAUCAAUCAGCUGGAUGGGUUUGAUCCGCGUGGCAACAUUAAAGUUCUCAUGGCCACCAAUCGUCCCGAUACCCUCGAUCCAGCCCUCAUGCGUCCCGGACGUCUCGACAGGAAAGUGGAAUUUGGGCUUCCGGAUCUCGAGGGACGAACACACAUCUUCAAGAUUCACGCACGCUCCAUGUCUGUGGAACGGGAUAUUCGCUACGAUCUGCUAGCACGAUUGUGCCCCAAUUCCACGGGAGCUGAGAUUAGGUCGGUGUGCACCGAAGCAGGCAUGUUUGCCAUUCGGGCACGUCGCAAAGUGGCCACGGAAAAGGACUUCCUCGAAGCCGUCAAUAAGGUCAUCAAGAGCUAUGCCAAGUUCAGUGCUACCCCACGCUAUAUGACCUACAAUUAACAUUUGUCUCCUUUUCUAUCGCUACGAUAAAUAAUAAUAAUAAAAGAUUUACUAAAAAUCAAAUAAAAA